GGACUUAUUUCAGAGAGCUGAAUGCUUUUUCAGGUCACGGUCAAAUGCCAGUGAGGGCAGAAGUUUUGGCCUAGCUUUGGAAAUAGAGUGCCAGUAGACUUUGCUUAAUAACAGGCAGAGCUAACAGCUUUAUCGAAACAUCAAGUCUUGUUUUGAGGAAGGCGGAGCCACAGAAGACCGGAAAAAGGCGAAGGGGCGGGACCUACAUGACUCGUGGAUUUGGGGGCGAGGCCAGAACAAUGACCCUCAAGGUCCCAUUUGUGCAGACCUGAGUGGCAGUGAGGGCUCUCUCGGCUUUUCCGCUUUGCUGACCUGACGGCAUGACGGAGGACGCGCUACGUAGGGCCAGCUCCGCCUUAACCGAGAGUUGGUGUUGGCUAGGGGGUUGACUUACUGCCUCUGCCCGAGGACAGUACGACAGAUUGAAGGGGAGCCGCGACGUGUACUGCACCUAGAGUGCAACUGUGGAUUCAAUCAAUCGUAGGCGUGAACUCCUUAAAUUGGGAAGAUGCUGGUGGUGGAGGUCGCUAAUGGCCGCUCGCUGGUGUGGGGAGCCGAGGCCGUGCAGGCACUGCGGGAGCGCCUGGGAGUCGGGGGACGCACGGUGGGCGCCCUGCCCCGCGGGCCCCGCCAGAACUCGCGCCUGGGCCUUCCGCUUCUGCUGCUGCCUGAAGAAGCCCGGCUCCUGGCCGAGAUUGGCGCUGUGACCCUAGUCAGCGCCCCGCGCCCGGAUCCCCGCAACCAUGGCUUGGCCCUAGCAUCGUUCAAACGCCAGCAAGAGCAGAGUUUCCAGGAUCAGAACACUUUGGCAGCCGAGGCCCGGGAGACCAGGCGUCAGGAGCUUCUAGAGAAGAUCGUAGAGGGCCAGGCUGCCAAGAAGCAGAAGCUGGAACAGGAUUCAGGGGCAGGUGAAGAAGGCCAAGAAGCCGGUGGAAGCGAAGCUACCCAAGGGAGUGAGACCAGUGAUGAUGGCCAGGCUCCUGCAGAGCAGGAGGGAGCAGAUUCUUCAUCUCCCCAACCAGGACCUUCAAAUGGGGUGACUCCCUUGCCCAGAUCAGCCCUGCUUAUCCAGCUGGCCACUGCCAGGCCUCGGCCUGUAAAAGCUAAGCCUCUGGACUGGCGUGUGCAGUCCAAAGACUGGCCCCAUGCUGGCCGUCCUGCCCACGAGCUGCGCUACAGCAUCUACAGGGACCUGUGGGAGAGAGGCUUCUUCCUCAGCGCAGCCGGGAAGUUUGGUGGUGACUUCCUGGUCUAUCCUGGGUGGUGCGUGUAACCCUGGCUGGCCUCAACCGUGCGAGUGCUGAGGUGAUUAAAAUGCAUAAGCAUUCAUGCCCGGCACUGACCAAUUCAUUCUGAUAUGCCAAUAUUUCUAAAACAGUGAGUACUUAAGUGUAUGGGACACUGAGAGAAUCCUUGCCUCUCUGAAAUAGUGUCUAAAGCCUCAAUCACUCUAAUGCUUCUAAGUUUAUUAUUAAAUUUUGCCUUAGACUCAAAGUUGCUAAGCCUCCAGGAAAACAGUUACAGGAUUAGUUUCUCGAGCAUUUUGAUGGACCCGCUCAGCUGGCUGGAACCCUGUAAGAGCCAGAGAACCUGGUUACUGCCUUGGCUCUGCCCAGAACCCAGAUGCCAGGCAGGGACAGUAGUCUCCUUAGAGUGCUACAGUCUCAUCCUGUAGAUUCUCAUUCCCUCCCUCUAAAGAUUUUGAUUUCCCUUUUUUUUCCUUUUUGUGUUUUGUGUGUGUAUGUGUGUGUGGAUGUCUAAGGGGACUUGGAGAUAGCAUUGGAUUCUCCUGGACCUGGAGUUACAGGCACUUGUGAGCUGUCUGAUGAAUGUGUUGGGAACUUAGCACUUGGGUCUCUUUGGAAGAGUGGUUUGAGGUUCUUAAUUGUUUGGCCAUCUCUCCAGUUCUAUAUUUUAAAUUUCCAUUUCCUGGGAUUUACCCUCUUGUAUAGUCGUAUUCAGAUUCCUAUCAUGCUAGUUCAGAUUCACCAGGGACACACUGUCAGCUCUUCAGUAACUAAAAGUCAUCAGAGGGCGUCCCUGCCUCUGCCUACAUAACACAUAUGGCUGUGGUGCUAUGCUGGCAGAGCCAAGUCUGUGCAAUAAGGCCCACAGAACUAAACGUGUUUACUAUCUGGAUCUUUUUUGGGGAAAUUCUAUUAACUACUUUUAUUUUAUCAUUUAUUUGCAUUUUUUUUUUUUUAAAGACAGUUGUUUCUCUGUGUAACAGCCCUAGGUGUUCCAAAACUUACUCUGUAGAGCAGGCUGACUUUUAACACACAGAGAUCUGCCUACGUUUGCCUCCCCAGUGCUGGGAUUAAAGACAUUUGCCAUCACCAUGGACUUUAAUUUUUGCACUAUCCUAGUAUAAAAUUGUUUCUUUUUCUAGCCUAUUAGAGUCUCAGACACUUUUUGUAUUAUGACUGCAGUUCUAGGGAUCAGACCUUGCUUGUGCUACAUAAGUGGUCUGCUAAUAAGCUGCAUCCCAGUAUUUGUGGCUUUAAAAAAAAAAUUGGCUUUUUUCAUUUUUUUCAUCUUUUAUUUUAUUUUAUUUUAUUUUUUUGGUAAAAUCUCUUUAUGGUGCCCAGGUUGGUCUUAAACUUCUAAGCUCAAGGAGUAUUGUGUUGUGUCCCCAACCCCUACCUCCUCAGUGCUUGAGGGUAUCUCACCACAUUUUUUUUUAAAGAUUUAUUUAUUUAUUAUAUGUAAAUACACUGUAGCUGU